ACAUCAAUUUUAAAUCAUUUAUUUCCCAUACAAUCAACCCAAUAACUUUAAAACAUUGAACGUAAAGAAGCACCCCUGCCUUCUCCAUUUAGUCAGACAAACUUGACCAAUUCUCACCUACUUCUUGGCACCACACUUGAAUGAACACCGACCUCCCGCCACCAGCAAGAACGCUUUUCCUAGGCUCGAUGCGCUAUGCCGUUCAUGGCGGGUGUUCAGAACAUUGCUGACCGCCAAACUCGCCAACGGACAUCGCGCGCGCGUGUGCUACCCGAAGAAACCCUCAAUUUUAUUGCCUAUAAUAACUUGAUUGCACCGUGCGGAGCUGCUCAGUCGAAUCGCGAUCGACGCGCAAUGGACGCAGGAUUGACCGCGGCAGAUUGUCCGGGGAACGCACCGAGGAGACAACACUACGAGAAGAACUCCAAGAACCAGCAACGAGCCGAGCAGGACAUCAACAACAACAACUCCAACAUCUACAACAAUGGGGCUGUGCAUAUCUUCACCGGGAAUGAGAAGCAACGGCGGCCAGCAGCGGCGAUGGCCGGACAGGUGGUCUAUGACCGGAACGUGGACCGAGUGCGGCCACAGCUGGACAACGAGUGGAGCAACUACGAGAACACUCCGAACCGAGCGGCACAGGAAACGUUUUACCGGAAUCGGAGCAGCAUCGAGAGUGCCGAGAGUCGACGAUCGUCGGCCAGGGAUGGCGACGAUGAUGAGGGACCGAUCAGCACCGAGACGUACCGAACUGUGGUGGAGAAUGCGAUGAACGUGGCCUUCCUGGCGGCCAACACGAACCAGCUGCGGCUGCUGACCGAAACCCAGCAGGAAGCACCGUCCUACCAGGCCUGCCUCGGGAUGGUCAUCACGUCGCUGGUGCUGCAGGUGCUGGUCGGGAUUUCUAUGGUCACGAUAUCGAUCAAGAACGAUCAGCGGUGGCGCAAACUGAAAACGAUCGCCUCCGUCGGGGUGGCCGUUAUUGCGAUCAUCAACCUCAUUGUGCUUUCGUUGUUGAAUGCGGUUAUGUUACAAUAA